UUAACCCUUACGUCGCGAUAGUUCGUCCCUCCGGUUUAUCCAACCUAGCAUUUACCCAUGAGUAGCUGUAGUCAUGAUGAGCGGUAAGACGAGCGCUAUAGUCGCAGGGGUGUGUGGGGCCCUUUUUAUCGCAUACUGUAUUUAUUUUGACAGAAAACGACGGAGUGACCCUGACUUCAAGAAAAAGCUACGUGAACGUAGGAGAAAGAAAAACGUUUCUAAUGAGAAGUCUGGACUGACAAGGCUCCCUGACUUGAAGGACGCGGAAGCAGUUCAGAAAUUCUUUUUGGAGGAAAUCCAGCUGGGCGAGGAGCUGCUGUCACAAGGUGAAUUUGAGAAGGGCGUGGACCACUUGACCAAUGCGAUUGCAGUGUGCGGCCAACCUCAACAGCUGCUUCAAGUACUCCAGCAGACGUUGCCGCCUCCAGUCUUCCAGAUGUUACUCACCAAACUGCCCAGCAUCAGCCAGCGAAUCAUCAGUGCUCAGUCUCUAACAGAAGAUGACGUUGAAUGAAUGAGUGUGAGAUGAAAAUCUGCUGUUACUCUUCCGUAAAGAGAUUUCAGACACUGAUCUUUGUGCACUGUUUGGUAUGUAUGACUGCAGUUGUGAGUGAUGGACUGUGUGAGCUCAAAUCUUUGGACAUCAGAUGACAACAAGCCCCCGAGGCUAAAGAACUUCCUUUUCAUGUUAUGUUUUUGGGAAAUGUCAAACUCAUUCCAUAUUUCUAAUCUUGUUAACACCAGAGUUCAUGUUUUCUAGCUGUUUUUUUUCCUAUUUAUUUCCCUAAAAUGUCAUCAUUUGUUAUGUUUUGGGGGCUUUGCUGAUAAGUGUACUUAAUAAAAAAAAUAAAAGCAGUA